AUGGGACAAGCAAACUCGUCGCUUGGCCAGGGCGUCGACUGGAUACGGAACCAAGGCUCAGCACUCUCAACACAGCAGUCAGGACGACCAACACGCCGUCGCCAGCGAGGAGGAGGAGGCAGAGAAGGUCACAGACGACGAAGACGUGAGGGUCCACAACGAGACGUUGAAGCUCAGAACGGACAAGGCCAUACCGACGACGACGAUGACGACGACAACAGCGACUAUGACUCCUUGGACGACACUGAUGAAGAGAGGGACGAGAGAGACGAGAACGGCAACAACGACGAUGAUAGUCUGUUGGAAGAAGAGGAAGGCGAGGCUGUCGCCGGGAAGAGCGCCUAUGACCGGCAUCCGCUUUACUUUGGACCGGCCUUUCAUCCUGUGACGGAACAAAGCCCUGCGCAAAUGCAGCUCCAACGUCAGAUUGAGCAGCAAUUGGAACAGCAGCAGCGGCAAGAGUACUGGCAGCAGCAGUAUCGGCAGCAACAGCAUCAACAGCAGCAACAGAUACACCAACAACAGCCUCAGCUCUCGCCAUUGUCGAGCGUCGGUGGACAGCAACUAUCAUUGAACGACUUUAUUUUACCCUCCGCAGUCUCUGGCAUGGGAGGCAUUAAUCCAGGAGAGGCAGGAGCCCAUGGAGGUGGAGGUACAGGAGCAGGGACCGGAAUUAGGUCUCCCACCAACAAUGUAUACCCUUCACAACAGACUUCGCCCAUGCUGACAACCGAGAUGGUUCAAGAUCAGUUGUACAGGAACAGUAAUCUGUACAACCUUAUUUCGGGACUCAAUGUGAACCCGCUGCUGACUGAGGUUCAACGAGCGGGAACCUUGGAUCUUUCGGUUCUGGAACAGGAGCUGGAUGAUGUUGAAGGUGGUUGGAUGGACAUUGAGGAGGGGGAUGAGAAUAACCAGGACAGGGACGACGAUGACACCGAUAUCGACCAUGGUUACGAGGGCGUUGUUCGCGAAAUGCAACCAACAAAGCGCUCACCCACAGCUCUGGCAUGCAACAUCAACUUGAAGAAGAGCACACUUCGCCUGGUCAAGAACCUUACAGUCUCAAACGACCCCUCAAUUCCAGCACCCUCUCAUCUGCGACCCAACUAUCGACUCGAUUUCUCCUUUGACAGCCUGACCCCUUGCGACGUGAAAUUAUUCUGGGUCGUCAAGGAAAUCGAAGAGGACGGCGACCUGGGCUUCCGUCUCAGACGGCUCCACCACCUACCACAACCUACGACUUACCAUUUCCCUGCAGGGAUGAAUCAGCGCUUUAUUUCACCCUUGCUGCCACUUUAUACCAUGUCCCUGCCCGAACUGACGAUGCAGGGGCUUCCUUCGACGUCGAUGCGGAUGUUUCAGAAACGACAGCAGCGGCAGUGGCAGCAACUCAAUAGCUCUGUGGGCAAGGAGGGGGUGGAGGGUCAGGAGUUUGAGGGUGAGGGUGAUGAUGAAACAGGAGGUGGUCGUAAAAGCAAGUCCAAGAAGAAGGGCAAGAAGAAUGACAAGGGUGGCGGAGGGUCGUAUGACAACUACUACAACAAUAGCAAAGGGAGACCGGAUGAGGAUGGAUACAAGGCCAUCAUGGAGGACCAGUACUAUCCCUUGGUCAUUCUCAUCGAGGCCACCAAAGAAUACAACCCUGCCGCUCCAGUGCGCAGUCUGCCAACACCAGCAGCAGACUCUCCAGGACUAUACCUAGUCGACAACCAGGCAAUCUCAACAUUUGCAUGCUUCAACAUCAGCUCAGAGGGCGGGUUCGAGAUCAAGGUGAUGAAACAAAAAGUCUGGAUCAACUCGACAAACUACCUCAUCCAGGAAAUCUAUGGAUUCACUGAUUCUGUCACCACGCCUGCGCCCAAGGCUCCUGAACCCGCUGCCCUGAAAAAGUCGGCCACAGCGGCGGCAGGAGGAUCUAAAUCGAAGGCUAGGGUGAAAGCGUAUGCGGAUCCGUUGGCGGCGGCGUCAACGUCUGACCCGUCCAAGAGGUUGAGUCGUGCGGAUUCGAUUGUCAGUAGGGUGCAUGAGUUGACCAAGGAGCGGCCCAAGCGGAAGAAGAGUACACUGGCAAAGUCCAAGAAGGAAGCCGCGGAGGGCAAGGACAAGGGGAAAGACGAGAAGAAUGAUGAUCGUCGGCUGUCGAGAGUGAGCGCAGUUAUGAGUUUGGAUAUUGCGAAUCCAGAACGUGUCGCCAGGCGGACGUCCGUAUCAACACGGAAGAGGAUGUCGAACGACUCUGUAGAAUCCCGAGCGACUUCUGCAAUUGGUGGCGCUAUGUCCCAGACUGGAGACGACUAUGAACUUGCCGAAGCAGAAACCAGGAAAAGUGACAGCGGUCAGGAAGACAUGGAAGAUGACGAAGGCGAGGAGGAGGAAGAGGAGGAGGAGGAACCUAAUCUGGUCCUACUUGACGCCCCCGAAUGUGUCAUCUGUCUGUCGGAUGUCAAGGAUACGAUCGUUCUACCCUGUCGACAUUUCUGCAUCUGUAGCGAAUGCGGGGAUGUCCUCCGUCGUCGCGCGCCUCAACGAUGCCCUAUCUGCCGACAAGCUACCCGGAAGCCCCUCGAAAAGGGCCGUAACUCCCAGUAG